AUUUAACAUAAUGGACAGAUCUUUCGUAAAUAGUUCUCCAUUGAACACUAGCAAAAGCAAACAAAUGUACACCUUCCCUAAAGCCAAACGCUGGGUUGACUUAAAGGACAAUCUGUAAGCGAAUGCAUUUUUACUUAGAUGUCCUUCAAUAUAUUAAUUACCUACUACUUUAAGCAAAAGAGCGGCAGGCAUUGGUUAUGGCAAGAAAGUAAAUCUCACUCACGAAACCAUCACGCCUGCUCCUAAUUUCUAUAAGGUCCAUCAAAGUCAGGAGAAUGGGUGGACCAUGGGAUUAGGAAGAGAUGUAAACAGCACUUCGUUAUACUGAAUAGCAUGCAAACAAAUAUGAGAGCAUAUUCUUGGGACUAGUACAAAACACUCCAGGACCUGGAACUUACAAAUUCAAAGAUUCCCUCUCUCCUGUUCGUUACAGCAUGAGAUAGAGAUUGUCGAGUCGUAAAGAGAAAGAACGAAAACCUGGACCGUAUGGGUAAUCAUUUAUUUUAGAGGUCACUACAACUUACCAAGCAGUAUUAAUAGUAGAGGAGUAUAUACUCUUAGUCAAUACAGAAAGUAUUAAGUGAAUUAAUCAUUACCUAAAGUUCCGGAGCCAUAGUCUUGGCUCCUCCCAAAACCCAUUCAGAGAGGAAGGUGAAGGAUGCUACCCCUGGUCCUGGCUCAUAUAAAUAGAUUGGAAACAUGGACCCAUUGGGAACAUACUUCUGCUCAAAGUUUAGUGCAAGCAAAUGCAACAAAUUCCCAAGAGCACAACGUUCUAUGUCUGAUAAUCAUAAUCGUUCCCCAGGACCUGGGACAUAUAAAUUGCCCUCUGAUUUUGGGUUUUGA